AUGAAAUCAGUGGCUCGCGAGCUGUACGUACAAUUGACGGAAGCUUCACUGAUCAUGUUCAAAGGAGAUCUGAAUUAUAGAAAAUUAGUUGGCGAUAGAGACUGGCCGUAUAGUACUCCAUUGAAGACAGCUUUAUGCGGUUUCCUGCCGGCACCAAUACUCGCCCUACGGACCCUCAAAUCGGAAACAGUAGCUGGUCUUCCAGACGCUGUUGCUGCACGUAUGGAAAAAGAACCUGACCAAAAGUGGAUGGUCACUGGAGAGCAUGGAAUAGCACAGCUUGCUUAUUGA